CGAAAGAAGAAGAAAAGAGCUUUGAUUUGAGGGUCGGAUGGUUAAAAUUGACUGCUCGGAUCAAAAGUUGUAAGGAUUUUAGAAAUGGAAAAAAAUCGCUGAUUUUCGUAAAAAAUCGAGAUAUUUAUGAUUUUUUGCUGUUUUUAAAAGUAGACAACUUUUUAUCCAAGCAACCAUUUUUAACCCACUGGGGCUCAAAGUACAGAUCUUUUUUCAUAAAUUGGUCCUAUGAGUAUGUUUUUAACGUUCGUGAUCUCAGACAUUGAGUACUUACAGUUGAGCAAUGGCUAGUAGUAGAUAGGCUAUAGGCAUACCAAAACAUAGGCAUACUAAAACACCCUCUCUCCUCUCAGAGUGUCUUAGUACACGAUGAGAGAGUGGGAGAGUAUCCCCAGUCUACCCCCGUACGUAUUUUUUCCUUCCCUUGCAUGAGCGAUUCAAAGUUUUCUCACCGCCUACAAAUGCUAUUGGCUGCUUGAGGGACCACCCCUAAUUUUAAGUCCCAAUUAGCUUUCCCAGAAAAGCUAGGCAGUUUUCCUUCCAGAGAUCCGCUUUUAGCGAUUGACAAGUGGCGUAGAGACAAUGGUCACAAAAAUGCACUCAGACCGAUAGGCCUGCAUUGAGCCCGAAGAUUAACAUGAGCUGAUAGGACUAGAGAAUGACAAACAUUACUUAUAGUGAUUGACAAGUAACCUAGAGGAAUGCACCAAGACCGAUGGGUCUCGUGAUAGUCAUUUUUGGCAGGAGAUCCCUUAUUUUGUUGCGCUACCUGCAGAGAGCACGGAGAUUAACACGUCGUACUGACUUUGACGAGUUUCCUAGAGGUCUGCAGGAAAUCCCCAAAAAUGAUGCAGAGGCACCGAUAAGUUUUAUGAAGAUACCCCUCCCUUUUUUUUCGUUUCGCUAGCAGUGGACGAAAAUGCCUGAGUGUUGCAGAUACCUGCAGAGAUGAACGUUGUAAAGGCUUUUAGCGUUUGACGAGUGACCGAAGAGGGCCGCAGGAAUCUAGAAACUAUACCCGCUGGCAAGACCUUUCUUUUUGUUUCGCUACCCACGGUGAAAAUCAAUUAUUUUUUGGAAAAGGUCUGCAAAAGUGUCCAUAGAUUAUCCCACGAAGGCAAGUGAAAUUUUUAUUUGACGGGGAGGAGCAUGGUCAAGGGAGGUGUUUUUGAAAUUAAGGGAGGAACAUUUUUCUCCAAUUAGAGGACUUUUCGGGAAAAUAAUGAAAAGUGUGCUCCUGUUUUCGAGUAUAAAUAACCCCUCAAGAUACACUGGAGUCAGUCACAGGUUUCCUUGCAAGCUGUCAAGAAAAUGUCUUCGAAGAAAAGUUCAUCAAUGCAGCCUUCUCAGAGCCGACGAAGUCUACAGGAUGCUCAGGAGCGUAUACGUUGGCUGAUCGCCAACGUACCGACUCUCCUGACGAUGCUAGACUACGUGUCCUGGGCCAUGGACAUAGUAGAAACAUUGCCGCAACCACCGAAUGCUGCUUUUCAACAAUUGGCGCCGCGACGAUCUCCGGCGGCUGACCUGCCUCAUCGAUCUCCGGCGGCUGACCCACCGCGGAGAUCCCCGGCUGUUGACCCGCCGCGGCGAUCGCAGGCAGCUGACCCGCCUCGACGAUCCCCAGUGGCUGACCCACCGCAUCGAUCGCCGACAGCUGUCCCGCCUCGUCGAUCUCCGGCAGCUGACCUGCCUCAACGAUCCCCGGCGGCUAACUCGCCGCAGCGAUCCCCAGCUGCUAACUCGUCUGGACGAUCCCCAAUGGCUGAGCAGCCUCGGCGAUCACCGACGGCUGAGCAGCCUAGGCGAUCACCGACGGCUGAGCAGCCUAGGCAAUCCUCGAUGACCGGAAGAAGACGGUCUCGCUCGAGAUCGAGCUCGAACUCUAGUUCGAGCUCCAGUUCAAGCGGAACAUCAUCCAGUUGCGCAUCGUGCAAAUCAGUUAAAAGUAUACGCGAUCUCAAGUGGAUUCUUAAAAUUACAUCCACGAAUAUGAAGAGAAAAGCAAAUGAACAAAAAGACAACCAGCAGAAAAAGAAGAAGGCAGGAGAGAGAGAGACGUCACCAAAACCAGGAACUUCUACAAUGACUUCAGAGGUUACGAGACCAUUACCGAGACGUGGUAUUUUACAAUUGAAAAGGACAGACAGUCAACAGCAGCAGCAACAGCAACAGCAACAGCAGCAACAUCAGCAUUAGCAGCAACAGCAACAACAGCAGC